UGAUGUGCUUGGGGCUAUUCCUUAACCUCCAGGACACAGCCAUGUGGUAAGCUCUUUGAUUUUUCCCAUGUGAUCCUAUUUCUGAGCAGGGCUUUUUUCAUACAGUGGGGGAGAGUUGCAUGUGCAUGGACAGUCUCAGCUCAGACGUGUUGGACUGUGGGGACCAUUCCCCUCUAGAAGUCAUGCAGAGAAAUACAGCAGUCGGCAUCUUUGGCCUGUGAGAAUAAAGAUCCAGUGAAGCAAAGGAAAGCCUUUUUACCCUUAAGGACCUUUCUUAAAAGCAAAGGAAGAAGGUGAAUUUCAAAGACAGAGUGAUACCAUGGGGCAUUCAGGGUUGUGGGAGCCUGAAGGAACAUAGUGGAGAUCUGAAGCUUCCAGAUAUUGCCCUGCCCUGCAACAUCACCAGCCAGCAGCUCACCAGUAGUGGCCACUGACAGAUAAAAAGGAGAGAGCUAGUCCCUGGCAUAAGUCAGAAGACCACAUUCAUAAAGAUCUCCUGUUGCUGAGCACCAUUUGCUCUCUAGCAAUAUUCUUAAGGCAGCGAACCUAAUUUUGUGCAUGCAAAGGAAAAUUAUGCAGCAAAGCCUCCAUACUGCAAGAUGAAGGGCAGUUCUUUACAGCCAGGGCAAUAAACCCCAAAAAGGGCCUUGCAAUGGAUCUAAAGGUCAGAAUAAUCAUUUCCAAGUUGCCAUGACAUCUCAGGCUAUGAAAGAGCUUUGUUCAAAGCCAUUGUGCUCUACUCUUACCACUGCUCAUUAGCUCACUUCAUAACCAGAAGUCACCAGCUUUCCUGCCUGUGUCUCAGGUUUUGGUAUUAAUGGUAUUUAUGAGGCUUGAAUUAUGAUUGUAUGCAACUGACAAUGAGAAAAACAGGAAGUCCAAAAUAGAAACAAAGCCCAAAAAAAAAAAAAAAAAAAAAAAGUGGUGUUAUGUGUACUGCAAACUCCUCUAUCCCAACAGAGGACACCCAGUAUUUGCAGAACUGCUGCUUGGCCUUUGGGUGCUUUCUCCAGUAGGUGACACUAUGCCGGCAUUAGUGAAUGGGCUUGGGAAAGCUGGCAGGUUAUGUUGUGUUUGGCUACUCCUGCUUUUAUCCAGCUGCUAGACCAGCUGAAAAAAUACAUUAUGGUAACAUUUCCAUGUGCACAUUUUCUAUCAUUGCUGCUGUGGUGAUCCUGCAGAUCAGUGACAAGAGCAAGAGAAAAAUAUAGGAAACAAGCGCUCUGUUAGUAUGUUAUUUGUGUAAUGGAAACUUAUGAAAUCCCUUUAUAAAAUUAUGCCAGUCAUAAAGAGAUUGUGGGAUGGCAGCAAUUGGAAGUUUAGAUGGAGAUACAAUAGUGAGAUACAGUAUAUCAAAUGUUAUAUUCUCUCUUUUCCUCCCCCCCCGCCCCCCCAUGCCAGAGUAGCAGCUGAACCAGAAAAAUCACAGCACCGGGAUAGAGGCAGAAAACCUUCUGAUAGUGAUCCAAGGAGGCUUUUUUAAAACAGGCUUGCUAAGACAUGUAUCAUUAAGGAUAAGGGAUCCUGCCCCAGUGCAGGGAGAUGCUCUGAGAAACUUUUGCAGGUCCUUUCCUGUAGGAUUCCCAUUUCCAUUUAUGCAAUAUGCACCAACAUCUCGGAGGCAGCCCCGUUGACUCCUGCAUUUUCUGCCUGAAUUUCUGCAUUUUGGCCACUAGAGGUUGUAAGAGAGAGGAGAAAAAAACGUUUUCCACGGGCAAACUGGUGUAGCAUUCCAUGGCGGGAUUUUUUCUGGGAACCUUUGAUCUCUGCCCACUAGCACUCACAAAACUCCUGCACAUAUCCUGCAUUUCAGUAGAUGCGAUCCUGACAUCUCAGCUAUUUCAGAUUUAUCAGCGUGGGGGUUGUUGCCUUUUAGCUCCAGGGUGUUAAUGGCAUUGGUGUGUCCCCUUAUAUCUUAAGCAAAACCAUUCCGAUUCUCAAAAAAUCCUUUAGACAGAGAGCAAAGAUUUGUAUCUUUUCUCUGCAGCUUUAACUAGCUCUGCUGGCUCUUUUCCCACAUUCCUGGUAUAGAUAAUUUCACUCUCAGAUGUUUAAGCCAGACCUUCCUCCACCAGCCUUUAUGUUUUUUCCUAGUACUAAGUAAGAAAUAGAAUUUUCCUGAGGUGUCUCUUGUCUCCUGGAGACAUCACAGCCUGUUGUACCUCAACCUGGCACCUGGUGGAGUCCUCAGCUGCCUUCCACAUGGGUUGUAAUUCUUUCCUCUUGUUGCUAAUAAUUCUCUAGUCUUCUAACUAGAGUCACUCUGCAGUCAGGGAUACCAUCUUCCAAAAAGCCUCAAGAGAGCUGGUUUUAUUUGGGAAAUAGAACCUUAAAGCUAAGUAAUCCCAGAGGGUCAUAAUCAGAAAUAGCUAAGGUGUAGCAAUAAAUUGAACUUCAACCAAAUGAAGAAUUUACAAGAUUUUCAUCCUGAUGGCUCUUUUUGAUGGCACAGUGGCUGCAUAAUGAACUCACAGCAAUAUGAGACCUGAUUGUCACAGAGCUCACUGGUGAUGGUACUUCACUUUGAGCAUUCCAUGGAGGUAGGAAUCAUUUCCUCUGACACUAAAAUGUAGCUAUUCCUGCAGUGAAGCACAGCAAGGACACUGCGCAACGAUUUAGGAAGGAGAAGCCUUUAUCCAGUAAGGUUUCACCAGCCAUGAGGGAAAUGAAAUCUAAUUCCCUGAGCUAAAACAAAGCAUUGAUUUUUGUGGAAAAUUAAAAACUUAGCUUUCCCUUUUUGUUUUGGCUCCUGCAAAUCACAAGUGCACAUGGAAUGGAGCCAUGUGAUACACAGGAUGGAGUGGACACCUGGAGGUCAGCUCAUCCCAACUCCUGCUCAGAGCAGGUUCAGGUAGGUCAGGUUGCUCAGUGCCUUGUUCCUGUCAAAUUUUGAAUGCCUCCAAGGAUGGAGAUCCCACAUCCUCUUUGGGCUGCUGUCCCAGUGUCUAAAUACCUCCACGGUGAACAAAUUUCUCCUCAUAUCUAACCAGAAUUUCCCUUGUUGUUAUUUGUGUCCAUUGCCUUUUGUCCUUCAACUGUUGCUCCUCCAGGAUGAGUCUGGGUCCAUUUUUCCUACGCUCUUCACCAGGUAGACAGCAAUAAGAUCCCACCCUUUGCCUUCUCUUCUCCAGGCUGAACAAGCUCAGGUCUCUCUGUCUCCCCUCGUAUGCUAUGUGCUCCAGCCCCUCUGCAGCCUGGUGGCUCCACAUCACCAAGGGUGGGCUCACUCCAGUCUUUCCUCUACCAGCAAAGCCAGAACUGGACAUGGCACUCCAGAUGUGGUCUCACAAGUGCUGAAGAGAACGAAAGACCACUUCACUCAACCUGCUGGCUAACAUGGUUGCUAUCUAGCCCUGUAUGCAGCUGGCCGUUGCUGCAAGGACACCUUGUUGACUCAGGCUCAGCUGGGGACCUCGGGCCAGUCUCUGCAGAGUCCCUUUCUAUGCAUUUGGCACCCAGCCUGUGCUGGUGCACAGGGCUAUUCCCUCCCCAUGCAGGACUUUGUAGUUGCCCGUUGAACUCAAUUUGCAACUACACACUUAGGCAAUAGGUGGCACUAAUGGAUGAUGUAGCUUGCAUUGUCACCGAGAGAGCGUCACUGCCGAAGAGAAAGCCAGCAGAGGAGACACCUGGGUUGCUUGCUCGGAGCAGCGGCCGAGAGAGGAGGAGCAGACAUGUGGCAGGAGAUCCUUCCAAACGCCUGGGAGAACAUCUUGACCCGGAUCAGGUCUUUUGAAUAUUCUCAGAAGAAUGCAGUUCUGGUUCCUGUGGCCACCCUGGGGGUUGGAGGGAUGCUGGUUUACUGGCUGAGGUCUAGACACAAGGUCAAGACUAUUGAAAUGGGCGAUGGAUGGUGGGGGUCAGGUGAAAGACCCCUAAAAUGGAAAGAAGAUGAAAGUAUCCGUCCCUUCAAGAUUGAAACAUCUGACAAAGAAAUCGAGGACCUGCACCGCCGCCUGGAGCAGGCCCGCUACGCACCGCCGCUGGAACGGGCCGCCUUCCACUACGGCUUCAACUCCGGCUACCUGCAGGAGGUGGUGGCCUACUGGAGGAACAAGUUCGACUGGCGCAAGCAAGUGGAAGUGCUGAACAGAUACCCCCAUUUUCGAACCACCAUUGAAGGGAUUGAUAUCCAUUUUAUCCAUGUGAAGCCCUCCUACGUCCCUCACAGUCGAGCUGUUCAACCUCUGCUGAUGGUCCACGGCUGGCCUGGCUCCUUCUACGAGUUCUACAAGAUCAUCCCUCUGCUCACGGAGCCAGCUGAGCACGGCCUGAAUGAGGGUGACGUGGUGUUCGAGGUCAUCUGCCCAUCCAUCCCAGGCUAUGGCUUCUCAGAGGCACCACACCAGAAAGGCUUUGACUGCAUAGCAACUGCUCGGAUAUUUCAUAAGCUGAUGAACAGACUGGGCUUCAAGGAAUACUACCUACAGGGAGGAGACUGGGGAUCUCGUAUUACCACAAACAUGGCCCAGAUGCUGCCACAAUCUGUGAAAGGGCUUCAUCUGAACGUCGUCUUCGUCAGCAAACAAGGUUUGAGAAAGAUCAUUUCUGUGAUGCUUGGGGCUUAUGUACCAUGGCUUGUAGGUCUCACUAGGGAAGAUGUUCGACGUAUGUACCCUUUCAUCCAGAAGAAUAUAUAUGAUCUUCUGCGUGAGUCUGGGUACUUACACAUCCAAGCCACUAAACCAGACACUGCAGGUUGUGGACUGAAUGACUCCCCUGUGGGGCUUGCUGCAUAUAUCUUGGAGAAAUUCUCUACCUGGACAGAUAAAUCAUUUCUGCAUAAAGAUGAUGGAGGCUUGGAAAGCAAAUACUCCCUUGAUGAGCUUUUGACCAAUGUGAUGAUAUAUUGGGUAACAUCCUCCAUUGUGUCCUCAAUGCGAUUCUACAAGGAGAACCUCUCCAAGGACACUGGUAUAACUGCUGAUGCCAGGGUUGGAGUAUAUGUGCCCACGGGGAUUGCAGCUUUUCCUCAGGAGGUAGCACAUACACCACGUGUCUGGGCAAAGGAGGUCUUCAAGAACAUCAUCACUUACUCUUACAUGCCACGUGGAGGACAUUUUGCUGCAUUUGAGGAACCAAAGCUUCUGGCACAAGACAUAAUCCACUUUGUCAGAAAGGUAGAACAGCUGUGAACCUGCAGUUUAGAUACAUAUAUAGAAUAGAAGCAAGUUGUUCUGCCAUCAGCAGAACCUUUACAUUGAGGGAUUCAAAUAAAUCCAAUGUAAUCACAUAAA